CCUCACGAUUCUCACCCAAAAUGUUCCCCACCCAAAAAAAUCGAAACCACACGCACGACCACAACCAUCAACCGACACGCCGAACUUGCAGACAAGCUUGCACAUCACUCUAAUAACGACAUCUCACUUUUUUCCCUUUCUCAUUCUCCUCCUGCUCCUCCGUUUCCUCUUCCUCACUCGCCCUUCCCGUUUAGCAUCUUUUUGUUGUCAAAUCUCGGUAAAGUCUCUCGUCGUCUGAAUUCUAAAUUCUAAAAAGAACUCCCGUUCUCUCAUGCCAACUACCCGUCUCUUCCUGUCCCAUCAUAUCUAAUCAAAACCACCUUUCCUAUCUCCCGUCCGUCACUCAGUACAUACAUACAUACAUACAACAUACCUUACCCUUUCCCCGUCCGUACACAUCUACUACCUGAUCUUACGAUUUCACGAUAGCAGAAGUGUUAAGCGUGGGGACUCUCUUUUUGUUUUGGUUUCCUUAACACCUCAUAUUCUUACUAUUCUAAUCUUUUCAUUUUGAAUGGUGCAGAAAUUUGCGUAGCGUGAUCUUUCUACCGUGGAAAUCUGCAGUUCCGGAGCCAGCAAGCAAGCAUAGCAUAAUAUAGUAUCGUUUCAGAUCGUACACUACGAUCCGGACUCGCUGCAUCAAAUUGAAGAGGGGAGCUUUAGAGGCGAAUACACUUACAAAGGUUAGUUUAACUUUGAGAUCACUUCAAUUGAUUCGAAUAUCAUUUUCCCUACAUUUACCCCACACGAACUGCACUGCAAAGCAAGCCAGCGAGCCAGAGGAUACGAUAUUUGGAUAGGUAUCCCCAUUCCCCCAAGAUCUCGACUUCCGUCUUGUCAGUCAAGCGACCUAUACCUAUUACAAUACCUACAUACAUAUACACAUACAUACAGUAGGAUACAGCACUGUUCGUCCCCAUAUUCUUAACCCAUCAUAUACCAUGGGAUCAUCUUCCCCCCUCCAUCCUUUCAAUUGCCUCCCAUUUCUCUGAUACCAAACAUUUACUCUUCUUUCUUUCUUCAUCCCUACACAGAUACCCUCUUCUCUUUGAGCCUCAAUCCCCCCUCACUCUUCUGUCUCUCUCACUUAUCUUCACUUGAACAUUGGUUCCUUUAUUUGUCUAUUGUCCCUCACCCAAACCAGAUGAUAUCCCUUCAUAAUGUUAAUCAAGAACGCCAGAAACAACAAAAACCUCAAGAUCAUGGAUCCCGAUUGCGCCAUAUGUUCUCAGCCAGCUAUCGCAAAAUGCGAGUGCGAAGCGAAUGGCCUUACCGUCGCUGUGAGGCAGGCUGAACAGAGAAUGAUGACCAGUGUUUAUAACGAUAUAAGAACAUGGGUCCGUGGCCACGCACAAGAUUACAUCCUCUCCUACUUCAGUGUCCUCACCACUCGCCGUAAAGACGAACAUGCCGCCCAAAUUCACCGCAUAACCGAACGAGCAGCCUACUACUACAACGCACGUCCGCACCCAUCUGAAAUUGCAGCAGCCGAUUCAGAACUCAAACGCGGCAUUGACGAAGAUUGGCGCGCAAGCGUACAACGCUACCCGGAAGUCCUCGAGUAUUUCUUCAGUUUAGUUGAAUUAACUUUACCCAGCGAUGAAGAACCUGGUGUUCGUGACCCACCUUUAUCAGCAUUGGGUGGUGGUGGUGGAAGGAAAGUCAGAUUAAGUGAGCCUGGUCCACCAAGAGGGUCAACACCUGCUGUAUCAGAUGGAGGAGAAGAAAGGGAGAGAGAUAGGAGGAGAGAACAGAGGAGGAUUGGCACGCCAGCUAAUGACAGAGAAAGACAUGUCGAGAGACAGAGAAGAGAUAGUAUGAGGGCUGAAGGAAGAAAUAGACCGAUGACUGCACCGCCGCCACCAGGAGGUCCACAUAUGGCGCCUGCACAUAAUCCACAUAGAAACUCGAGGGCUGCUCCACAAUAUGCUCCUACGCCAGGAUAUGCAUAUGUUGCCCCUUAUUGAGAUUGAUGAUGAUGAUUAGUUCUCAAAGGGAGGAGAAAACAAAAUUGAAGAAAGAACAGAUGACUUCAGCUGUGCGUGUAUGAUAACCACAAUUCCAUGGGUAGGGAUUAAUGAUACCAGGCACAGCUGAAGUUAUCGAGGCCAAAAGUCAGGCCUAGCUAGCAUAGCCACUCUGGCAUCAUCUCCUGGUUUCAAGCGGAUGAUCAUCAUGGAUUCCUGGAUUUUAGUCGAAAGUUUAUCUCAACGUCUUAUUAUCCUCAGGUUAUCAAGUCUACUUAUCUCAUUUGUACAUACCAUCUCACGAUUUCGGAAUAUACUCUGUUGGAUAUCACAUUACACCUCAAUACAAUUAUAUCAUUUUAUCUCAUCACCCAUCAGACUAUACAUCUCAUCUCAACUCAUCUCAUCACGAUUUCACACUUCUCACAAUCAUUACGACUACAACAUAACAUGACACGACACGUCUCUACGAACCUUUCAUGGAAUUUACGACGAAAAGAUUGGUACGGGUCUGGCUUUUCUGCUUUGGUGCAUUCAUUUCUAUCUAGUUGCAGCAAAUUAUCUAUCUAUCUCCUUCUAGGCAAGGCAUUAUAUCUUAUCUAUCUAUCCAGCAUAUUAGCGUCAGUCAUGGUUAUGUUAUCCGUCUGCUUUUGGACCUUGGUGGGAUAAGGUGGAUCUUUGUCGGUUUUUUGGUGGUUUGCAUUUCAUAUGCAUUUCGUAUUGGCUUGAUGGACUGAUAUUUUUAUGGAUUCGGGAGGAAGCUUGUGGGAUUGGAUUAGUUUGUGCAUUCGUUCAUUCCUUCGUACUUGUACAUAUUAUCAAUGAUGAAAAAUUGUCAAAAGUAAAUUGUACUGGCUGGCAUAAUGGGAUUCUGGUGCUUGUACUCAUGUAUCGUCCAAUCGCCAAAUCACUUCCGAAUUCUUCACAGAGAAGAAACACCUCCAG